CUUAAUAGUAAACAUUCUUUUAUGGACAAUUCUCUGUCUAAAAUCCAGUUACAUACUAUACACGUAUUUCUGGCUUUGCUUAGAUCUACUUUGUCUUCACCCAAGUUUUGUGUGAUUUUAAUUUUUCGUAAUGUAGAGAAUUUUCUUUGUUAGAUGUUUCUUGUUUUCAAACGCGUGGAUUCCGGCUACGGCACUGUAGUUGACGUGUGUAGUAUAGAUUAGGAGAGUUUUUUUUUUAUAAAUAGAUAGGUUUCAAGUGGGAUGUUAUCGUAGUUUAUUGGCACGUAUUUAAUAAAGACUUACAAUAUGAGAUCGGAAAAUAAUUUGGAAGAGCUUUUUAUGUCAAUUGGACUGAGUGUUCAAAAGGCUAAAGAAACUGUAAAAAAUACCGUGCUGUCAAAACAACUAAAGGAAAUUAUCGACGAAGCUAGUAAGUGUGACGGUGCAUCUGUAGAAAAUGGAAAUCUGCUCUAUUACUUGGCAACGAAAAUGUCACCACAAAUUUACAGUCGUUUAGCUUUUAUAGUAAGUUAUAUUACAUCUAAAAAGUUGGAUUCAACACAGAGGCUCGAUGCCGCUAUCACAUAUGCUAUGGGGCAUCUGAAAGAGGACUUUGUGACUAAAGAUUUUGAAGAAGCUUGUGGAAUUGGAAUAAAUGUAAGUCCAGAAGAGGUAGAAAAAGUCGUCGAAGACGUUGUAAGGAAAUUUAAAGAUGAGUUAUUGGAAAAAAGAUAUCGUUUUAAUACAGGGUUAAUAAUGCAGGAUGUGCGAAAUAAAUUGAAAUGGGCUAAUGGAAAAGCAAUUAAAAGUGAAGUGGAUUUACAAAUUUGGGAUCUAUUGGGGCCUAAAACUGAAGCAGAUCUAGCACCAAAACAGGAGAAGAAAGUGAAACCAGUUAAAGAAGAUAAGACGAAAAACAAAAGUGUGCCUGAAGUAGUUGCAUUAAAUGGAAAUAACAUUGGAAUGACUGAAUUAUCGGUCAGUGACAUGCUGAAAACCAAAACACAUUUCCAUAAACCAGGUGAAAACUACAAGACAGAUGGUUAUGUUAUCACAGAAAACACUAUGAAACUACUUAAGGACCAUUUGAAGAUAACUGGGGGAAAAGUGUGUACGAGAUUUCCUCCUGAGCCAAACGGGAUUCUGCACAUUGGCCAUGCUAAAGCGAUAAACAUCAAUUUUGGAUAUGCUGCAGCAUAUGAUGGUGUGUGUAUUCUGCGGUAUGAUGAUACGAAUCCGGAGAAAGAAGAAGAAAAGUUCUUUGUAGCAAUCAAAGAUAUGGUUGAGUGGUUGGGAUACAAGCCAUACAAAGUAACUCAUUCGUCUGAUUAUUUUGAUAAACUGUACGAGUGGGCAGUGACAUUGAUCAAGAAAGGGCUGAUGUAUGUGUGUCACCAGACAGCAGAUGAAAUGAAAGGAUUUAACCCACCACCUUCUCCAUGGCGAGAUCGGCCAAUUGCUGAGAACCUGCAGCUGUUUGAAGACAUGAAAAAUGGUAAAAUAGACGAGGGUGCAGCAACGUUACGGAUGAAACACAUCCUGGAAGAGGGCAAACAGGAUCCUGUAGCCUAUCGCAUUAAGUUCCUCCCCCACCACCGUACAGGUGACAAGUGGUGCAUAUACCCCACCUAUGACUAUACCCAUUGUCUGUGUGAUUCCUUGGAGAAUAUCACCCACUCAAUGUGUACCAAAGAGUUCCAGUCUCGUCGCUCCUCGUACUACUGGCUCUGCAAUGCGCUGGACAUAUAUUGCCCUGUGCAGUGGGAGUACGGCAGACUCAAUAUGAACUACACCGUAGUCUCCAAGAGGAAGAUUGCUAAACUGAUAACGGAAGGCAUUGUAAAGGAUUGGGAUGACCCACGUCUCUUCACGUUGACUGCUUUGAGGCGGCGUGGGUUCCCACCAGAUGCCAUUAACACAUUUUGUGCACAGAUUGGUGUUACUGGAGCGCAAGUGUCCGUCGACCCUCAAAUGCUGGAAGCGUGUGUUCGAGAUGUUCUCAACAUCACUGCACCCAGAGCUAUGGUGGUCAUGGAACCUUUGAAAGUCACGCUCGUGAACUUCCCGCUCCAGAAGACGACGGACGUGCAGGUGCCCAACUUCCCCAAUGACCCGCAGAAAGGCUUCCACUUUGUGCCUUUCGACCGGGUCGUGUACAUAGAGCGCAGCGACUUCAAGGAGGUGGCGGACAAGAGCUACCGGCGCCUGACCCGGGACCAGCCGGUGGGGCUGCGGCAUGCCGGGUACGUCAUCACGUUCUCCCGAGUCAUCAAGGAUGGCCGUGGAAUGGUGAAGGAGCUGGAGGCGACCUGCGACCCGUCCACAGCGAUGGAGAAGCCCAAGGCCUUCGUCCAGUGGGUGUCGAACCCCCUCGAGGUGGAGGUGCGGCUGUACGACAGGCUCUUCCGGCACAAGAACCCGGAGGACCAGAGCGAAGUCCCAGCUGGCUUCCUGUCUGACUGCAACAUGGAUUCCUUGAGAAUCGUGAACGCCUUUGCAGAUGUCUCCCUCCGAGCUGCUAAAGUUUAUGACCGGUACCAGUUUGAGAGGACUGGCUUCUUCUCUGUCGACCCGGAUUCUACGUCAGAAAAGUUGGUUUUCAACCGGACUGUCACCCUCAAGGAAGAUGCAGGGAAAUUGUAAAUAAACGUCUUUCCGGGGUCUUGACUGUGAUUUAUUCUGUUUGAAAAUAUGAGCACAUAUUAUGCAUUGUUAAAAAUGAAUGACAAACCAAACAUAAAGGCUCCUUUUCACAACAUUUAACUUAAUAAAGUAGGCUAUUUAUUCAGAAAAAGUUAACUUAUUUUAGGAUUUAGCUUCUGUGGUUGCAUGAUGUGAUAAAACUUUUCCAAGAGUGUUUUUCACAAUUAUAUUGGUAAAUUAUCAUUUGAAGGUUGCUUAUGAGCAUGUAGAAUUUUUUGUGAUGCUGGUUUUAAUUUUUAAUUUCUGUAUGUACAUCCAUCUUUAGGAUUUUUUUGUUUUCUAUUAAGUUAAUGAAAUAGUUAAGACACAAAAGUUUUAGCAUAUUCAUGGAACACAUAUUCAGUAUUUUACUUACUUAAUAUGUCAAUUGUAAUGUUAGCUGUGAGUUUUGAGAUCAGUGUGAAACCAGUUACUUGCCUAUUAACAUAGUAGGCUAUUUCAUAGUAUUGUUACUGCAAGUGGAAAGCAUUAGGGAAACAUUUGCAAUGAUUGCUGAAAAUACUGACUGGAAAUCAGAAAUUAUGUUUUUAAAUUUUGGUGCACCAAGGCUAUGCAACCAUGUGAUGCAUUUUUUUAGAGUAAUUAUUUAUGUGUGCAUAAUAAUAUAACCUCCUCAGUGGGAAUGUAAACUAUACUGUACAUUCCAAUCUGGUAAGCUUUAAUACCACCGAAAGCACUUGUAAAAAAUAAAUUGUCAGACAGUGGUUUUUAUGACUAACUAGUAAUUUUGGAAGAGGUUCCAGCAAAGAAACCUUAAAUAUUCUUAUUAUUAUAAUAAUUAUAGCAUGUACAGUAUAAUGUUCAUUUUCCCUUUACACAAAUUAAAAGCUUAGUAUUUUUUUCUACCAGAAAUAAUGAUUUCUCAAAUAUGUUUAAUUGUUCUGUACAUAUAAUAUAACCACAUAAAAUAAUGGAAAAUCAAUACAAAGAGUCUUACAUGAUUGUAAACUAUAAAAUUUGUAAGCAAACUGUUCACAUUUUUCCAAAUGCCCAAUUUUAAAAACUGAAUGUUAUAAAAUUACAGUUAACCAUUUCCAACAAUGAGUAAACACAAGAGUCCUACAUCACAGCAGAACUAAUAUUGUCACUUAUUUUCGUGAAACUCUUUGAAGCAAUUUCUCUUUUGUGUAAGACACAAAUGAACAUUACACUUUUUGCAAUAAAAGUGUGAACGGUACUUUCCACAAUUAGCCUUUUUACAUCUCGUAGGUUCCUUGAGAUCAUCAAUGACAGAUAGGUGAUCAACAGUGUCCAGUUUUACUUCUGAGGGAGGUCUUCGCUCAACUCGUUUCCGGGCUGGUGGGCUUGUGCAACUGGAUUCACCUCCAAGAGCGGGUCUUCGUUUCUUGGUUUUGACUGUUUUGCCAACUUUGAUCAGCUCUUCUGCUAGCUGAAGUCAGAAAUACAGUAAAUCUAGACGAUCUUUCUUUGGCACAUUUAGGUUGACACACAUUUCCUUGUAUUCCAGCCAUGAAUUUGUGACAGCCAUGUCGAUGGCAUGGAAUAUGAGCCUGACUCCAUUUUCGAGAACGCACAGUUAUUCUAUAUAGACUUAUAAAUCGGUCAAAUAAAUCUACCCCACCCAUGGCAGAAUUGUUGAGGCAUGUCACCCCAGGUCUUUCAACUUGUACAAAGCACUUUUUACUGUUGUCCCAUCUCUUGACCAUGUCUGGCUCACCAAUCCCAACAAAGUUGGAUGCAAAAGUCACUGUGCGGUUGUCAAGCCAUUUAGUGAGCACAUCAUCACCAUUCUCGCUCACGACUUCUUCUGAAUAUCCUCUAUGUUUCUUUUCUUUUUUCAGUUGUUUGUCAUCAGUGAGAAGAGGGUUUGUAAACCGGUUUGACCGAGCUGUACACACUGAAAAAGUGUCCCUACUCUUCAAAAUCUGUAGCAAGGGGUAUGACGAAAAAUAACUGUCAAAAUAUAAGCACUGUUCUUUUAAAUGUUCCGACAGUUUUAACACAACUGCUGCUCCUAACCCAUACUUCUUCUGUUUUUGGUUGAACUCGGUGUUUUUACCCUGGUACAAAAUAAAAUUGUAUGCCAUUCCGGAUUUCCCGCACAGCACGAAAGUUUUUUAUGCCCCAAGGUUAUGGUUUCCCCUUUACGAACUGUUUCACCGACAUCUUUCCUGUAAAGGGGAUCAUCUGCUCAUCUAUGACCACGUCCUUUUCCAUUUGAAGCUCUGUACAUCUUCGCAGAACACUGUAGUACAAAGGACGAACUUUGUAAAAAACAUCCUUUUCACCACCCUGCUGUACCUCUGGCUGCAAAUUGUCUACAAAGUGCAAAUUGUUUCGGACUUGGUAGAAACGUUUUCUGGUCAUACCUGAGUCGGUGAACAGCCCAAUAUUGAUGGAUGGUUUCCAAUGCAAUUCCACUCGUGGUAACUUCAACGACCCCAUUGCAAUAUGUAAUGCAAUAACUGUUUCCAAUUCAUGGACUGAGCUGUCACUAAAAUGUUUGUUCUGCUGCAAAGCAUAUAAAUUAGUGUAGUUGCAGGCCUCCUCGAGCAAAGUAAUAGGAACAUACUUCUGAAAAAUAUGCAACAGUGUGGGAAGUAAGUCAAUUGCUGGGGGUUCUGGAAAUGUCCAUUCUGGUACUGGCUUACAGGUGAACAUUUGUUUCGUCCAACGUAUCUCGCUUUUAUCGGUCGUGACAUCAUUUUCUGCUACCAGUGCAUCAGAUUCUUCCUCUUGGGCAUCGUCAUCUUCAUCAAAACUUGAAUAACUUCAUCAUUGAGAACUUCGUCGACAAAAUUUACACCGGCUAUGGAAGAAGUAUAGUUUCCAUUAUCGUUUGAACAAUCAUGCUCAUUGUCACUCAAAUCUUCCAAUUCGGACACAUUGCCACUUUCGAUAAGGUCUAGAAUAUCAGCUGCAAUAGGCACUCUACUAUAACAAUGGUCCAACAAGCUCAUUUUGUUCAGAUUAACAUUACAGGUUUUAUUUAUAAAAUGUAAACAAUUUUUUUUUCACAUAUGUUAGUCAUAUGUACAGUAUACUGUACAUAAUUUUUUAGACAAAUGUUUUUCUCACAAAACGAAUAUUAUAUUAAUGUGUUAUACACAUGUAAUUUAAAUUUAACUCUUAUAAGACAAUAUAAAUACAAAUUUUUCUUAUACUUGCUUUCUUUCUUACAAUAUAUUUUCACAAAAGUACAGCUGAUCAGCUUUCUUUACAGGACACCUUGCAGCACUUAACAAAAACAUCCACAGACUACAGAUAUCUCUUACCACGGAUAUGUGCAUACCACAGAACACUUUUACGAUGUACAUGGGCCUUCAAACUACAAAUUGUAUUGUUUAGUAUAUUUAAACUUUGACUAAAGAGCUGUGUACAGUAUAUUGUACAUUUUCUCUGAGUACAAAAAUUUUUUUCUGAUGAAUUGGUACUGAGGAGGUUAACAAAACUCUCUGAAUGUGCAGUUACAACAAUCUGAUUGGUUUAUUAUAAACAUUUAUUUGUAAGAAAUAUGUACAUCAAAUGAGACACUAGUAGUGCAAAAUGAGAUUUAGCCUACAUAUACAUUUACUCACUACACACACAUUCAUAAUCAAACUGUCUUGGAGGUAUGAAAAAAAAAAAAAAGGCAAAUUAGUGAUAAUUGCAGUGAUUCACCAUGUUAAUUUAUGUAGCACAUACAAAAAUAAGUGAAAUAUUUGCUAUGCCAUUUAAGGAUACACUAGUAGAUUAUGUUUUUGUGUUUUUUAAAUAGUAUGUAAUUUAUUUCAGUUGUUUUUUUAUUGUUCAGAAAACUUGAGUAACUUAUUUUGAGUGACUGUUGAAUGUGUGAAAUAGGAUUGUCAAUAAAAUGUUAUUUCUCGAGCUACACAAUAUUUUCUACAAGAAUUUUAUAAAUUUUCUAUGAUCUAACACUAUUUGGGCUUUGCUAACCCACUGAAAUUUAUGUUAUUAACUCUUAUUAUUACCUGAUGCAAAACCAGCUGUGGCAUAUGAUUACAAUGCAAUAUAAUUGAAGAGAUUUAAUCAUUCCUUCGUAUUUUAUACUAAUUUAUUAUUGUAAUUUUAUCCUUAUAAAGUAGCUGUAUGGUCUCAAUUUAAUUAAUGGAGAUCUUAACCUUUAAAGAAUUAUAGCUUUUACUCUUAUGUAUAUAAACCACAUUGAUAUAUGCACUUAAAAUUUAUGAUACAUCGACAUCUGCAUUUUGUGUAUCAUAAGAAGUUUGUAGUAAUUUCUGAUGUGGUUGAUAGGAAAACUAAUUUCAACCGAUGAGUAUACAACAUUUUAAGGGAGUGGAAAAUUGUAUGUUACACAGGUCAUAGAAAGCAGAUUUCAACGGAACAGUAAUAAUAUCUAGUCCCCUGGCAAAAAUAUCAAAUAACUAGCAUGCCCUCCCAUUGAGACAAUUUUCUAUAGGAAAUCUUUCUUUGUUGCAGAAUGGAAGACUAGGCAGAUUAGUGGUGCAUUCAAACCAAAACUAAGCUUAUCUCAGGAUGUGUAUGAAUACUGGAUGUCACAAAAUUAUGAGCGACACACCACCUCAAUUAUCAAAAGACUAUGCAGACUACAGGACGGAGGACAAUGGGAGGAAGGUUGAAAGUAAUAAGCAAAUCAGAUUAAAUUUAUACAAUCUUCCAUGCAGUGCAUUUAGUCUGGCAACUAAAUGGAGUCCGUGCAUGCUAUGCAGAUUUAGAAGGGGAGUGUAAUUGUCUAUUGCAUGGUUUGGGACAAGUAAAUUACUAUUUUGUAUAGACUACAGUACUGCAGACAUUUUAUGACUAUUUAGAUCUAUUUACUGUUACAUUUGGAAAAACUAUUGCUGUACAUCAAAAAGUGGAGGCAGAAUGAGUGAAACACCGAGUAUAAAUAAACCAGACCCAAUCAGAAAUGUGAAGUUUAUGCUACUAACUGAAGAAAAAGAGCGAGGAAAUGCCAUGCGAGGAUGCAAAAUUGGCACAAUAGUUGAGCACAUGAGCAGCACUGAGAUUUUGACGCAUAGACAGCGAACCCAGCAGUUUGUGAGGAGGGGUAACGGGAGUGGAACAUCCUCCAAUGGACAAAGUCGGCUCCAAUGAAUCCACCAAGAGAAACAUUUUCACGAAAAUCUCAAAUUAGUAGCCCUCACUUACUACCUACCCAAUUUUUUUCACAGUCUAAAUGAAAAAUAAUUUGGCUUCUUUUUUAUUCUGAUGAAUAUGAAAAUGUAUAGAAGUUGAAUUACUUACACAAAAAAACCAAAGCUGCAGAUACUUCGGAGAUAGUGACAGAGGAAAAAUAUUUUAAUAUGCAAGUUGAUUAAAUUCAUUCUUAAAAUACACUAGGCACUUAAUAAACAAGUUUCACUGAUAGUUAAAUAACAUUUUUUGUCACUAACAUUCAUAAAUGUUAUUUUAUAAUUCAACCAAUACAUCAGAAAAAAUCUAGUAAUACAUUUAACAACUUUUUUACGAUUAAAUUUUUUUGAAGCAAUUCCAUAGUUAAUUUUUUCAAAAAGUUAUCAGUUUGUGUGUGUGAAUUCAGAGCCAGUUUUCAUUCCAAAUACAAUAUUCUUGAAUUUCUUUGGAUUACAUUUGAUAUGAGCCUGUAUUUUCCAGCAUCAUUGAGGGAUUACAGAAAAAUUCAGUCCAUACUCCAGGAAUUACAGCCAACUGCUGCAAAUUUUCAUUCAUAUUAAUUUCAAGCAAACAUUCCUCCCUAAUCACCUAGCGAGUUGAAAUUAUUUUAAUGCAAUUCAUAAACACCACAGUGAAAAAGUCUACAUAUAGUAAAAACUAAAGCAAAACAAAAAUAAUUUACCUACGCUUAUCAAUUAAAAAAUUAAAAAAUUAAAUACACACAAAUCAAAUCAAAAUGAAAAAAAAAAUGUUCCCCCCCACCCACAAUCAACAAAUUUCAUUAAAAACAACGUCCAAGAACCUAUCUCUGCUGUGUUAAAGGUGUGGGCAGUAGAAAUAAAAGUGAAUUUUGCACAUGGUCCUUCAUAAAAAUUGCUUGUUUUGGCAUUCCCUACCUGUCAUUAAAAUAUGCCCAAAAUUUUCCAAAAAUUCAGUGUACAAAGAAGUGUGCUGGUAAUAUUUUUUUUAUAUACAAAUCUACAGUUUCACUUCAAAACUGAUGUAAAAUUGGAAAAAAUAAAAAGACCUUUAAAACAAUAGGAAGGUUACAGUCUAGUGAGAUUUUUGAAAAACCACCCUCACCUCUCUUUCCUACUCCUUCAAGCAGGAUUUUAGAAAUUUGUGUUGAAAUUUAGCACACUUGGCAUUAAAAAUAAAAUUACCAUCUACAUCUCCAGAUGGAAACGAAAAACCCUUUAUCCUCAAACUUUGCAAUAACGGUUAUAAAUUAUAUAAAUAUUAAUGUAUUUUCCCCCCUCAUCAAUAUAAAAUCUAAAGCUUUAUUUAAGAUUGGUAAAUUUGCAGUUGAUGGGCUUAAAUAUGAGCAAAAUCACUGUCUACCUGAGAUUUCAAAUAAAUUACCCUAUACUUCUGAAUGAAGCCUAGAUAUCAAUAUACUGAAUGUAAGAUUUCCAAGUGAGUAAGAUACGCAAAAAUAUGUUCAAAAAAAAAAAAAAAAAAAAAAAAAAGAAAUAUGCCUAUCUUAACAAUACUCACUGUGACUGUUUCCUAUACUAGUUUCCUCCCCAUGAUUUCAAUAAACCACUCAGUAUGAUUAAACUUCAUACAUGACCUGUAAUAUUUAUGUUUAGUGAAGGAAAAAAAAUAAAGCUUCAUCAAGCACCAUACAAAUGAAUUUAGUGAUGGAGGUACACUUUUGUUUACUGCAACAAAUGUGGCUUGUCUUUUUUUCUUCCAAACCAUGAUUUAUUAUUUUUAAAAUCCUUAAACAUUAGUUAAAUAUGUACUUUGAAAAAGAAAAAA